AUGGCCGUCGCUAAGAUCUUGGCCGCUUCCAACCCCUUUGCGCGCUUGGAGCUCGAGCCGGAAGCUGUAGACGUGGCUGUCGUGCGAAGCCAUUAUAGACGACUGGCGUUGGCAGUGCAUCCGGACAAAUGCAAGGAGCCCAAAGCCAAAGAGGCGUUCCAAGCCCUCAGCGAAGCCUUUGAGCGGCUCUCUUCCGCUGUUGGCCAGGCACAGUCUUUGAGGGAAGCAGGGCUGCAGGCCAAAGCCGCCGCCGCCAAAGCCAAAGUCAGCAGACGACGGGGACAGGAACCGGAGGCUGAAGGCUGUUUUCGGCCCCCGACGGCAGAGGAGCGGAAGGCCCGUUGGUGGGACACGAAGACCUGGGAGGAGUUCGAAGAGCGGCUGCGGCACAGGGAGCGUGCCGAAGCAGCCCUGCGACUCCGCUACUGCAGCGGCUUGCGGCUGCGAUUUUCCACGAAGAAGAUGCGGGAGCAGGUCCGUGCCGCCGAGCGCUCGGUGGAGCAUUUGGAUAGAAACUGCGGCUUGGCGGAGAGUUUUUUGUGGCCGCCGGAGUCUACGCAGGCGGCACGAGACUUGGAGGAGGAGGUGGCCAAAGCGCGGCAGACCGAGCCCUGGCCCGGCGCAGCCAACGAGCUGCUGCCCGACUACAACGAGCGUAGCGAGCUGAAUGACCCUCAGAUGGCCCUCCAGAGGCUCCUGGAGCUGCUCACGCACCUGCGCGCCGUCCACCGCUACUGUUUGUUCUGUGGAUGCACCUACGACUCGCCUGAGGACAUGGAAGAGAAUUGCCCCGGCAUCACUGAGGAGGAGCAUGAGGAAGCCAGCUCUGCCGGACUUAGAAGUUCACAGAAGGCUGCUCCAGCCCCAGCUCAGCCAGAGGACCCCCAACUGGAGGAGGAUCCGCUGGAGGCUUACAUGGCCUCUGUUGACGCCGAGGCAGAGCGACAGAAAGGAAAACGCAAGAGACCUCGCUGA